AUGAGGAUUAUUUGCAGACAAAUUGUCUUGUUGUUUUCUGGAUUCUGGGGACUCGUCAUGGGAGCCUUUCCAAGCAGCGUCCAAAUAGGUGGUCUCUUCAUCCGAAACACAGAUCAGGAAUACACUGCUUUUCGAUUAGCAAUUUUUCUUCAUAACACCAGCCCCAAUGCGUCAGAAGCUCCUUUUAAUUUGGUACCUCACGUGGACAACAUCGAGACAGCCAACAGUUUUGCCGUGACAAAUGCCUUUUGUUCCCAGUAUUCCAGAGGAGUCUUUGCAAUCUUUGGACUCUAUGAUAAGAGGUCAGUGCAUACCCUGACCUCGUUCUGCAGCGCCUUACACAUCUCCCUCAUCACACCGAGUUUUCCCACCGAGGGGGAGAGCCAGUUCGUGCUGCAGCUGAGGCCUUCCUUACGAGGGGCCCUCCUGAGUCUGCUGGACCAUUACGAAUGGAACUGUUUCGUCUUCCUGUACGACACAGACAGGGGGUACUCCAUACUUCAAGCUAUUAUGGAAAAAGCAGGACAAAAUGGUUGGCAUGUCAGCGCUAUAUGUGUGGAAAAUUUUAAUGAUGUCAGCUAUCGACAGCUUCUAGAAGAACUUGACAGAAGACAAGAGAAGAAAUUUGUGAUAGACUGUGAGAUAGAAAGACUUCAAAACAUAUUAGAACAGAUUGUGAGUGUUGGAAAGCAUGUUAAAGGCUACCAUUAUAUCAUUGCCAAUUUGUACACCUCUGCUCUGACUUACGAUGGAGUCCUGGUAAUGGCUGAGACGUUCCGAAGCCUUCGAAGGCAGAAGAUCGACAUUUCAAGGAGAGGAAAUGCUGGGGAUUGUCUGGCGAACCCUGCUGCUCCAUGGGGCCAAGGAAUUGACAUGGAGAGGACGCUCAAGCAGGUGCGGAUUCAAGGGCUGACUGGCAAUGUCCAGUUUGACCACUAUGGACGAAGAGUCAACUACACGAUGGAUGUGUUUGAGCUAAAGAGCACAGGGCCGCGAAAGGUGGGUUACUGGAAUGAUAUGGAUAAACUGGUCUUGAUUCAAGAUGUACCCACGCUGGGCAAUGACACAGCAGCCAUUGAGAACAGAACAGUUGUUGUAACCACAAUCAUGGAAUCCCCCUAUGUUAUGUACAAGAAAAAUCACGAAAUGUUUGAAGGAAACGACAAGUAUGAAGGAUACUGUGUGGACUUGGCAUCUGAAAUUGCAAAACACAUUGGUAUCAAGUAUAAAAUUGCCAUUGUCCCCGAUGGAAAAUACGGAGCAAGGGAUGCAGAUACCAAAAUCUGGAAUGGGAUGGUAGGAGAGCUUGUUUACGGGGAGGCAUUGGAAAGGAGAGUGGAAGGGCGGAUGAAUGCAGUCAUUGUGUUCAAUGCACCUAUAAAACUGGAAAAGAUAAACAGGAAUGUAAAGAAGCGCAAGCAGGUUCUAGAGAUCAAGGUUGAAAAUGCUUUCAGAUCAAAAAUAGCAGUGUACGAAAAGAUGUGGACGUACAUGCGAUCAGCAGAGCCAUCGGUGUUCACUAGGACUACAGCUGAGGGUGUGGCUCGUGUCCGCAAAUCCAAGGGCAAAUUUGCCUUUCUGCUGGAGUCCACUAUGAACGAAUACAUUGAGCAGCGAAAGCCGUGUGACACCAUGAAAGUGGGAGGAAAUCUGGAUUCUAAAGGCUAUGGAGUAGCAACGCCCAAGGGCUCCUCAUUAAGAAAUGCUGUUAACCUCGCAGUUUUAAAACUGAAUGAACAAGGCCUCUUGGACAAAUUGAAAAACAAAUGGUGGUACGACAAAGGAGAAUGUGGCAGCGGGGGAGGUGACUCCAAGGACAAGACGAGUGCCUUGAGCCUGAGCAACGUAGCAGGCGUCUUCUACAUUCUGGUUGGCGGCUUGGGCUUGGCAAUGCUGGUGGCUUUGAUAGAGUUCUGUUACAAGUCCAGGGCCGAGGCGAAGAAAAUGAAGCUGACCUUUUCUGAAGCCAUAAGAAACAAAGCCAGGUUAUCCAUCACUGGGAGCGUGGGAGAAAACGGCCGAGUCCUGACGCCCGACUGCCCAAAGGCCGUCCACACCGGAACUGCAAUUAGACAGAGUUCAGGAUUGGCUGUCAUUGCAUCGGACCUACCAUAA